AUGAAAUUUAUUUUUUCAUUACAUUUAAUUAUCUUAACAAUUUCUUUUUCAUGUCUAAGAAAUUUUUCAUUUUUAUAUUUCAUAUACAAAAUAAAAAAUGACAAUUCCUUGCAUUUCUUAAGAGCUAAUUUAAAAAAUAACAAAUUUGAAUAUAUAAGAAAACUAAUGGAAGAAGAUAGAUUAAAAAUUCAUUUAGAAGAUAAACUUAUUGAUGAUUUUAUUAAUUAUUAUAAUGUAGCCGAUUCAUCCGAUUUUGAGGAAAUUAUUGAUCCUACUAUAUUUGAUAAUUUAGACGAGAUUGAAAAAAUAGAAAGUUCUAAUAAAAAUACUCAGGUUUAUAAAGACGAGAGAGAUAAAAAAAGAAAUAAAAAGAAAUAUAGUACAAAUAAAAGUUGUGAAUCAACAGAAAAAGCAUGUAAUGCACACAUUCGAGACAAUUUAAGAACUCAACGAAGGGCUCCUAAAAGGUAUCUUGACAAUGAAUUUUAUUAUGAUACAUCAUUAAAUAUUGAUUAUAAAAUAAAGUGUAACAAAAAUAGACGAAAUAAUAAACGUCCUUCAAAUUAUAAGAGAGGAGUAGAUAAAAAAACACAUAAGGAUAAAUCACAUGUAAUAAAAAAACUCAGUGAACUUAACAUGAAUAGUAAAGAAGAAAAAAUUGAUAAUGAUGUUUUUACUAAAUUUAAUUCACCUACAAUUGAUGUUGCACAUGAUAAAGCGGGACCAUCUCAUAGAAAAUAA